AUGGCCAAAUCUGAUCAAACUAUUGUCCUCAUUACUGGAGCAAACCAGGGUCUCGGCUUUGCAGCUGCCAAGAUACUUGUCGAGCUUUCGGCAGACUACCACGUCAUUGUAUGCAGCCGGAAUCUCUCUCGGGGCGAAGAAGCCGUGUCAAAGCUUCGCUCCCUGCCCGGGGCCAAAGGGACUUGCUCCGCACUGCAUCUCGACCUUCUUGACGAAUCCAACAUUGUCAAAGCUGCAGACGAAGUGUCCAAAACAUUCGGCCGCAUCGACGUGCUUGUCAACAACGCCGGCAUAAACAAUGAUCUUCAGCGACUUGCUAACCCGCCCGUCCCGCUUCUGGACGUAUACCGGAGUACAUUUGAAACAAACUUUUUCGGGACAAUCAACGUCACCGAAAAAUUCCUACCUUUGCUGAAAAAGUCCAAGUUUAAUUCUUCGGCGAAGAGCCUAUCCUCGGAGCCUUCUUCCACCACCACCACCACCACCACCAAUGCUCCUCGUGCAGAAGCUCAUGCAGCACCCCGUCUGGUCUUUGUAUCUACAUCUCUCUCCUCUCUCACAAUGGCCUCUGACCCCGCUUCUCCAAUCUACAAUGUUCUCCCCGUGUGUUAUAAGAGCAGCAAGUCUGCGCUGAACAUGGUCAUGGUGGAGUACGAAAAGUCCCUGCGCAAAGAAGGGAUCCUGGUCUGGGGCUUGGAUCCUGGUCUCUGCGCGACGAAUCUGUCGGGUCAAGGACCGGAUGCAUUGCGAGCACGAGGUGCGCAGGAGCCCGAAAUCGGCGGGCAGACGAUUGUAGAUGUGGUUGUGGGUAAAAGAGAUGCGGAUGUGGGAAAGCUAGUAUGGCAGGAUGGAGUUAGGCCCUGGUAG